AUUUAUUUAUUUUUGAGACAGAGACAGAGCACGAGCGGGGGAGGGACAGAGAUAGAGAGGGAGACACAGAACCCGAAGCAGGCUCCAGGGUCUGAGCUGUCAGCACAGAGCCCGACACCGGACUCUAACUCACAGACCACGAGAUCAGGACCUGAGCCGAAGUCGGAUGCUCCACUGACUGAGCCACCCAGGUGCCCCAGGCAUGUGCUCUUAAUGUUGUUCCGGAAAAAGGAAUUAGCAUUUUCAAGGAAUAAGACUCUCAGAAAGUUCCAGAUGAAAAAUUUCCUACCAUGAUUCCAGCUAUCUUCUAGCCCUCCUACCGGACAUGAGGCUGUGCCAAACAGAUGACCCAUGCAGGGGCAGAUGCAUUUAGGAAAGGAAAACACUUUACUUCCAAAGCAUGCAGGGAGUCAGACUUUAAAAAGACUGGCUUGUAAGACACAAAAACCCAACAAAUACUCAAAGGGUAAAACUGUAAGUCAGCAAGAAUAUAAGGUUGUAUUAUUCUGUGUAUGGUGGAAAACAACAUUCUUACAUGAUUAUUAUAUUUUCAAAGAUCAUGACACAUCUUCAGACGUCAGCAUAGCAAAAAUAAACAAAAAAUACAUUCUUUUGGGCAUCCAUAAACCAGUCAGGCUGAUCUGUUUUGGUUUAACUCGGGGUGCAAAGUGGUCCCCCCUUCUUACUGUGGCAUUGUGAGUUGCUUAAUCAUUGGAAGAAAGGCAAACUGUCAGUUUUAUGUUUCUGCAGGAGAUGUAAUAUGGGGUGUGUGUGUGUGUGUGUGUGUGUGUGUUGUUGGGGGAGGGGAAGAUAAAUACCCUACUGCUCUUUAUGCUACUUUUCCUUCUCCUGUCAGUAGCUUUCAUCAGCCAAACCCAGCCAGAAACCACAGCGGGGGGGGGGGGGGGGGGUGACUGACUAAUGCAGUCCUUAGUGACUAGCCUCCCAUGGGGCAGAGCAGGGUGGAGAGUCGAUCUGGGGAGCAGACCUAGAAUAGUCAGGAAAACCUUCCUUUUGCAAAUCACUAAGAGGAAGAGUAAUCUCUAAAAUGAUGGAAAUGGAAAAACAGAAAAGUGGAAAAAAGAUGGAAAAGUGUCUAGAGAGGUAGGAAGGGAGUCUGGGCAGAAUAGCAUUACAGAGGCUAUGGGUGGGGAAUUUCAAGGAGUAGGGAGUAGCUGGCAGCUUCAAGUCCAAAGUAGUUGUUGGAUUCAAUGACUUGGAAGUCAUUGGUGAACUUCAUUAGAGUGGUUUCAGGGAGUAAGAGGGAAACUGGGUUGCCUGGGCUAAAGAGUAGGAAAUAGUCAUGAUGGCAAGGAGCCAGGGAACCAUUAGGGGUGAUGUCAGAUGGAGGGAAUGUGUUAUGGAUGUGUUAUAGAUCCUAUGUUAUAGGUCCAGCACUAGUGACAAUUGCUUCCAAGUAGCUUCUGUAAUUCUUUUUCUGGGAGGCUGGGUUGUCCACUGCUAGUGAGGAAGGAGGUAGCAGAAGAGGAGACUUGAAGAGACCAGGGAAAUUUGCACUAGUUUUGGAGGGGACCAGAAGGAGGAGCUCUUUAGAGGAUGGGGGUCAGUACUGGGGUUGAUAAUGCCCCUUUGUUGUGGCCCCACUCAGCAGGAUUUUGUAAUCUUUAGUCGUGGCCAACCUGGAAUAGUUAUGUUGGAUAUUACAGAAGGUAACAACAAGGUUGGCAAAAGGUCAAGGAGCCAUGGAUGGGGAUAAUAUUGGCAAAAGACUAAUGGAAGGUAUGAACCAUAGGUCUUGGUUGGGUGAGGAAGGGAGUAAAGCCCAAAGGAGGCUUAUUUGGGGGAACUGGAGGCAUCAAGGUGGUCUUGAAGAGGGAGAAGAAGAGAAGUGUUCCUGAUUAUUGCUCACACUCAUGGAGAGUUCACUAGGGGCCAGACACAUUUACUUCUCACAACAAUCCUAAGAGUUCUGUCCUAUUGUCAUCUUUAUAGAUAUAGAAAUUGAAGCAGAAAGCUUCAUCAAGUUGCUCUAGGUCAUACUCCUGGUCAAUGGCAGAUCAGGGAUUAGAACCUAGAUGGUCCAAACCCAGAGGCUGCACUGUUGAGAACCAGGCAAGGGAUGAGGGCACAGAGGAAUUUGUGGUCUGAGUAUGGUAUUGUGUGAUUUAAGAUUUCAGUGCUGACUUGAACAGAUACUUACACACCUAUAUGUACGGCAGCAUUGUUCACAAUAGACAAAAGGUGGAAACAAUCCAAGUGUCUGUGAACAGAUGAAUGGAUGAGCAAAAUGUGGUAUUUACACACAAUGGAAUACUAUUCAGCGGUAAAAAAUAAAGGAAAUUUGACAUGUGCGACCACACGGCUGGACCUUGAAAGCAUCAUGCUGAGUGAAAUAAUCCAGACACAGAAGGACAAAUGCCAUAUGAUUCCACUUGUAUGAGGUUCCUAGAAUGGACAAACUCACAGAGACAGAAAUCAGGGUAGAAGUGACUGGAGUUCGGGAGGAUGACAUAUGGGGAGUUAUUGUUUAGUGGGUACAGAGUUUUUGUUGGGAUGAUUUAAAAAAGUUUGGUUAUGGAUAGAGGCGAUGUUUACCCAACAUGGUGGAUGUAUUUAAUGCCCCCGAAUCAUAUACUUACACGAGACUAAACUUAGAAAUAUUAUGCAUGUAUAUUUUACCACAAUUAAAAAAAAUAUUUCUGUGGUGAACUACUUCUGGGUGAUUACAACAAGAAGUCUGAUUUAAAAGCAAGUUGACGAGUUUAGGCAGGAGGUGAAGACCGUUGGGGUUGAGGAGAUCAAGGAAGGGAGAGGCCAAGGAUUGAAUGGGUCACCCCGCAGGAGCUCUGCGUCCUGCCUUCAUUCUCUCCUCAGGGGGGCAGCACCGCGCCAUCCACAGGCCCAGCUUGUUGACUACAUGGAGGGUACAAAUCAGACUGGGAUGAUUCACUUCCACUUCCGCCCCUUCUCCAAACUCCCCGAGGUGCAGAUGCUGAUUUUCGUGGCCUUCCUCGUCAUGUACCUGGUCAGCAUCGGCGGCAACGGCUCCGUUUCUCUCAUCAUCUGGAGCAACCAUUCUUUGCACACCCCCAUGUACUUCUUCCUGGCCAGCUUGGCAGCUCUGGAGAUCUGCUACUCUUCCACCAUUGCCCCUCUGACUCUGGCCAGCGUCCUGUCCGCAGAGAGAGCCCUCAUCUCCCUGCCUGGCUGUGGUGCCCAGAUGUUCUUCUUCAUCUUCCUGGGCAGCGCUGACUGCAUUCUACUAGCUGUCAUGGCCUAUGACAGGUUUGUGGCCAUCUGCCACCCUUUGCGUUACACCCUCAUGAUGAGCUGGCGGUUGUGCGUCCAGCUGGCCCUGGGGUCUCUGGUGCUGGGGUUCAUCUUGGCCACGCAGCUGACUGUGCUCAUCUUCCGCCUCCCCUUCUGCCGCAGCCAAGAAAUCAGCCUGUUCUACUGCGAUGUCCUCCCUGUCAUGAGACUGGCCUGUGCAGAUACGUGGGUCCAUGAGGCCACCCUGUUGGUGGUCAGCCUCACCGUCCUCACCAUCCCCUUCCUGCUUAUCGCCCUCUCCUACAUUUUCAUCAUGGCCGCCAUCCUGAAGAUCCGCUCGGCAGAGGGGAGGCACAAGGCCUUCUCCACCUGCUCCUCCCACCUGACUGUGGUCCUGCUCCAGUACGGAUGUGGAAGCCUCAUCUACUUGUGCCCCAGCUCCAGGUACUCUCCAGAGAGAGGCCAGGUAGUGUCUGUGGUUUACACCUUCAUCACCCCUGUGCUGAACCCCUUGAUCUACAGCAUGAGAAACAGAGAGCUUACGGAUGCUUUGAAGAGAACAAUGAUGAAGUUCCUGUUGUCCUGAACACAGUGAACGCUCUGGAUGUUCCUCUACAACGCUGCUGGGAAGACACAAAUGAGUAUGCCUUCUGAAAGACAAGGAGAUGGGGGCCAAGAGGUCACCGGUUUUAUGCUGUUCCUUCUUCCCGGUUACACUCUUUUUGAAAAGUCAUUUUUCUUUCCUCGGCCUCAGAUCCUUCAUCUCUAAAGUGGGGAUUAAAAUGUCCCACCCGACUUAAAUUCUGGGGUGGUUUUGUAUGUAAUGAGAUACAUGACGUGAAACUACUUAGUGGCUUUUAAAGGGAGAUACGGCAGGAAUGUCGUUCUUACUUACCAUCACCAUUGCAUGUAAAGUCGGUGUCCAGUUCUCGGGCUCUUUGCAGACCCACAGGUUGCUCCUGUGGGCGGGGCGGCGGGGGUAGAGCCAAGAAAAGGACGCACAUCCGCCUGGGAACAUCGGAGCCACUUUCUCCUUAUGCCAGCAGGUGCAAAUGCUCAGUUUGCGCCUUGUUGAACUGUCUUUCGUCCUCAGUUCUCUUCCAGGGAAAGGUGACGGGGAAAGCGCUGGAGUUUCAAAGCUCUAUUUUCUUACUUUUACACCCAGAGCGAAUCUGUCUCCAUCUCAGUCUCUGACUCUGUAUUAGCUCUCAGUCUGCAUCUAACUCACUCUCCCCAUGCCCACAGGGGCUCCUCCCGCUGUGGGUUUCAGACAACACACAUACACGCACUCACACUCCCAUAUCGCACAUUUCUAUCUGUCCCUGGCUUCUAUGGUCUGAAUAUUUGUGUUCCCCGCCCCCCACACCCAGCCCCAACACCACCCACCUCAUGAACAAGAUUAUACUUUUAUAAAAGAAACCCCACAGAGCUCCCUGGCCUGUUCCACCAUGUGAGGUUACAAGAAAUCUGUGACCGGGAGGAGGUUCCUCACCCAACAUUGACCUCAGGCUUCCAGCCUGCAGAACUCUGAGAAAGAAAUUUCUGUUGUUUAUAAAGCCACCCAGUCUGUGGUACUUCGUUAAGGAUGGAUGAAGGCAGUAAGUAUACACAAUAUGCACAUGAGCAAGCGGGGGAGGGGCACAGAGAAAGACUCUUAAGCAGGUUUCAUGCUCAGUGCAGAGCCCAGUUUGGGGCUCGAUCCCAUGACCCUGGGAUCAUGACCUGAGCCAAAAUCAAGAGUUGGACCCUCACCUGACUGAGCCAUCCAGGUGCCCCAGAAAGAUUGCUUUUUUAACUGAGCCUCUCUGGGUAGCAGGGGGGUAAUGGAUUCAGGUAGAGCAAAGCUAGUUCUGUGAAGACAAACACUGGCUGGACACAAUGAGGGGAAGGGCCCCUAAAGCAGCUGUGAACAGGAGGGUGAUUGUUUCAGGACGAUCCGCCUCAGGGUAAUGGCGUCAGAACAUAGAUGGUUUACGGUCUUUUUAUAGGGUGAGGGAAGCUCAUUUAUUCCUCUCCUUGUUGAAUAGCGAGUGAUUUAUUGGGGUGCCUGGCUGGCUCAGUCGGUGGAGCGGUGCAACUCUUGAUCUCUGGGUCAUCAGUUCAAGCCCCCCGUUGGGUGUGGAGCCUGCCAAAAAAAAAAGUGAGUGAUUUAUCCAUUCAACAACAUUUAAGAAGGCAGUGAACAACUAUUUAUUGAACUCUACUGUGUACCUACCUGUGGAAAGGUGAAGUUAAGUCUAGUGGCUUUGAAGAGCACAAACCAGGGCCGCCUGGGUGGCUCAGUCAGUUAAGUCACCGACUCUUGGUUUCAGCUCAGGUCAUGAUCUCACGGUUUGUGGGACUGAGCCCUGCAUCGGAUUCCAAGCUGACAGCAUGGAGCCUGCUUGAGAUUCUCUCACUGCCCUCCCACCCCACCCUCAAAAUAAAUAAACUUAAGGAAAAAAAAAAAAAAGAACACAAACCAUGAUAGCCCAAGAGCAAGUGAUACAAUGCUAUGAGCUUCCAGAGGAGGGACAGCGAAGGGAAUCAAGACAAGUUUGACGAGGGAGGUGGCAUUUGACCUGCACCGUGCAGGUGUCCAGAUCUGUGCAAAGAGGAGCAGGGAGGGCAUUUCUGAAGGGGGGAAUGGUAAGGACAGAAGAACAGAGAAGGAACUCUUUGUGCCUCUGUUUCCUUAUCUGGAAAGGCAUAAACAUUCUGCUACAUUUUUUCUUUUUUUCCUGAAAAUGUAUCACAGGCUUAAAAGGCAGAAACCAUGACCCCAAAUUUAUCUUACAAGGAACUGAAAUGUUCCCGUCUUCCUUUGAAGACAAGAACCUGAAAGGACCGUGUUUGGUUCACUUACAGACACUUGCUGUCCCUCCUGCUGUGUUCUACCACAAUAUUCUACAAGGUCAGUGUUACUUACAGGACACUAGUCUUGUUGAAUCAUAGGUGUUUGGGAGAAAUAAACUUUAUGUGGUCAAGGAAGCAUGAAGACUACUGUACCAAUCAAACCCCAACCCAUUACUGCAGGUUCGCUCUGUGCCUAUAAUGUGCAAACAUGCCGCCAUGAUUCUAAGAUAAGGAUAUGUUUCUCUAUGUUUGCUGAGCUCUGUCACCACGAAAGUCUUCUGUUCCUUGGGGUAUCUUAUGAAACCUCUUAUCCUGUUGAACCUACUUUGGAAGAAGCUGGCUUAGCUGUUGCUGACUCAGUACCAAGAGGGUUUUUUCACUAGCGACAGAAAUACUCCAGGCA